CCGAAAAUGACGUACAUGGGAGUCAGGAAGUGAAAAACUCUGUUUACAUGUAGCACUGAAAUGUGAACACAUUAUUCAUCGAUAACCGGUUAGCCUUUACAGAUCGAUGAUGGGGAACACAGAAAGUGCUGUAGUGCACAAACGUCUGGACCGUUUCCGUCCUGAUGAGCGACCUGUUAUUGAGGAAGUCUAUGACAGACUUCAGAGCACCAGCAGCUCGUCUGUACCUACUGGGAAAGUGAAUGUUUUACACAUAGACACGCUCAAGAUAACCAUGGGUAAAAUGGCUUCGGACCCAAUGAUUUUAAGAGUCUAUGAGGGAAUUUGCAGUGUGGACCCUGGUGUGCCAGUGCCACCUGGUGGUGGGGUAAGUCGAGAGCAGCUGGUGAUCUUCCUGGCAGAUGUUCUUCGGGGGACAGCAGAAGAGAGAGCACCACUUGUCAUGGCAAUGGCACACGGGACCAAAGCAAUGGUUAUGACCAAUCAGAUAAGAGAAUUUUUAGAGGACUUGGUAUCAGCUGUAGUUCAGAUUCUCACACAUAAGGGACGUCUGCGAGGCUGGAGACCAGAUCGUAUGGGUCAUGGUGAUCAGGGGGUGAAGCUUUUGGCUGAGCAGUUGAGCUCUGAGUUAAAAUCCUCAGAUCAGGACAUGUGUGAUGUCACUUGUAUCGAGGACUGGCUAUUACGUGUAUCAGGUGUGUCCACAUACCUGGAGCUCCUGAUUGCCGAUGGUCUUAAUGUAGGAUUGACCUCGUUCCCACCUCCCACUCUGCUGCCCCAGUGUCUAAACGCUCCCUGGACUGAGCUGCGCUCUGUAUUGGAUAUUCCACUUCUUAUGUUUCUGACUUCUCAGCUGCCUGCAGGACACACUGCCCACUGGAGGCUGCUGUUUUCCACCAACAGACAUGGUGAAAGUUUUACUCGUCUGGUUGGAAAUUGUAAAAGCCAGGGCUCCACUGUGUUACUGGUGAAAGACACCAAGGGCCACAUAUUUGGAGGCUUUGCAUCUCAUAGCUGGGAGCUCAAACCUCAGUUUCAGGGUGAUUCCAGGUGCUUCCUGUUUUCUGUGUCGCCAUCUAUGCGAGUGUUCACAUGUACUGGUUAUAACCAGCACUACAUGUACCUGAACCAAGGCCAGCAAACCAUGCCCAAUGGUCUGGGUAUGGGUGGACAGCAUGGGUAUUUCGGUUUGUGGCUAGACAGCAAUUUUGGCCGUGGUCACAGUCGGGCUCGUCCACGCUGCACCACCUACGGUAGUCCUCAACUCUCUGAGGAAGAAGACUUUACAGUGGACACAGUAGAGGUGUGGGGAGUUGGUGUGCCCCCUGGGGAACAGGAACAGCAGGAGACUAAGAAGAGUAUUCUGGAUGUAGAUCCUGAGAUUCAGGCUAUAAUGGAGAUGACAGGGAAAACCCUGCAUAGCCAAGGCCUACGAGAGCCAGAAGAAGAAGAUGAUGGAUGAGAGAGUAUGGAUGGAUUUAUUCAAUACAAACAAAAGACUGGUGCUGCUUUUAGUUGGACAUAUUGGGGGAUGAAAAUGUGUCUAUAAUUUAUGUGAUGUUGAUGGUUGUAUAGCAAGCAACUAAAACAAGAUGUAUUAUAUGUAGCAAAAUAUAUAGAUAUUGUUGAA